UAUCCGAAGUACAUCAUGAGUUUUCUGGGACUCUUGGCUUUCCUGGUUGCUGGUCUUUGCUCCACCGCCCAGGCUUCGUUGGUGAAAUGCUCUUGUGAUCCUGGCCCCCAGGGGGAACGAGGACCUCCAGGUCCGCCCGGACCUCCUGGCAAUCAGAUCGGUCUCCCUGGCAGUGGUUCUGGCUACUGGGGCUAUCCACCCACAGGUCCUUACCCCCCAAAUCUGCCUUUCAUCCAGGGACCUAGAGGAUUACCCGGACCGCCUGGUCCUCCUGGAUAUUGUUUCCCAUGCCCGGCUGCUCCACCUUUGAGAUCUUUUCCGCCACCUGGAGUUCCAGUUCCUCCUUUCAUUUCCAGCCCAGCUGGUGGCGGAUUUGGCGGAGCCUCUGCUUUGACCACAGCUGUGGGCAACAUCAUAGUGAUUCCGGGAGGAGCAGGAACGGGAUUAACAGGCCGCGCUCAGUUCUUCCACAUUUCACCAGAUGGCCAGGUGGUGCAGAUCGAUCGACCGCAGAAUCUGCCCAGUGAACUAUUCGAUACACCGGCGAACCAAGGUUCCGGUGCUCCCAUUCCUCCACCGCAACCCACAUCGUCAUCUCUGUCGGGGAUCACACCACCAGCCGUUCAAGUGCCACCCACUCAACCAACACCCGGCGAUCUGGGAGCCCAGCAGCCCACACUUUUGCCUGAGAAUGUGGAGGAAAGUGUGUUCGCGGUGGGGAAUCGCAUGGACUUCCUGCGAGGUAGCUCCGAUGCCAGCGAUUGGAGAAGGAUUCUCCUGCUGGGAGAGCGACCUACCGAUGGUAUACUCAAGGGCCAGUCCGUGCAGCAGCUCAAUCCCAACCAGCUCGAGAGCAGCAUGGAGAACUUCCAGAGGGCCUUGGUCGAACUGAAGGAGAAGUAUGCCACGCUCAUCCAACCGCGCAACUCAAACCAAUAUGCAGUCAUCAUUUGAAGGGGAAACUUAAGAUUAAAGUUAGUUGAAUAAUUUAAUAAAAACGGUACU